AUGGCGGAUCAAGGGUCGGCCGUGGGCGAGCGGGUGGCAGGUCGCUCCACCACGCGCUCCCGCCGAUCAGAUCGAGCAUCCAACACGCGCACUUUUGCCGAUCAUCCACGCGGUGAUAAGCGCGAGGUUGUCCUGAUCGCCGUCGGCGACCGCGCAUGCAUUUAUGACUGGAAGAUGGGCUUGGUCAUGCCCAAGCAUGAAGUUCAGCCCAAAACAGCCAAGGUCGCUGAACUCCCAGAUACUUCAGCCGAUGGCUUUGUGGAUCAAGACCCCUUGAAUGCAAAAACCCUCUUCGUGCGCAGUUUUGAGCCUCCCCACAAGACUUAUCGUUUACCCGACUACCGUGUCUUCCGCUGUGAGCCUGGCACCGAGCCGUACUCGACCAUUGAGCAGUAUCAAUACUUUGACGAACUCGACUUUGUCAUGCUGGCACGCCGUUUUGAACGUAAUGGGACGCUCCCUGAAGGCAUGGAUUGGCCCCAUGUCAAGGCUCCAAUCGAAACAAUUCCAUCGCGACCCACCUCGCCCCCGGCCAAGCCCUUUACCACCGGAGUUAGCGUGGUCCUCGCUGGCGAGGACGAGCCCAACAAGGCCCAUUCACAGCGGACUGAGCCCGAGCGCGAGAGAGAGCGCGCUCACACGCAGGACAACAACCAACCCGAGCAUUCUGGUAGCGGCACCGACCCUCUCUCCGUGCGCACCUCGCCCUCCAGCGUGCCCUCCAGCGGGGCGACAACCACGUCAAAGGCUCACUCGCGCCUGAAUGGCCAGGACGCCAACCCAGACAACAACGAUUCAAAUCAAUCCGAGGCACAGCAUAACGGCGCUUCAGCGGCCGGUCCCUCCACUUUGGGCAAGCCUUCCUUGGAUCCCUCGGAGCGAGCUGAUGAAAGCACUUCCUCCGACACAGGCACACAUCUUGUUGACAAACCAAGCGCCAUCGCUUUGCGGCUUCAGGACAAUGCCUCCAGCGCCACGAGCCCGACUGCCACGGAACAAACUGUAGCUGAUCAGGCAGAGGGCGAGCCACAGGCCGCAGAUCCCGGGGCCAGCAGCGCACCCGGGUCAGCGACCAGCUCAAGCGCCCCGGCGGUCCCACAAAGCCGCCAGGAUACUUUGGCCAGCACGGCAUCAGGUUUGGCGGAUGGCCCCAAUCCAAGCUCGCCUCUCAAAGCGGAUGCCAUCUCCAGCGCCUCAGCCAAUGACAGCCACUCCGCCUUGGACAGCCAAACAAUCGCUGCCCCCCCGGGUGUGGCAAGUGGUCGUGCUUCAUCGCAGUCAGACCAUGGAUCGCCGUCAAGUCCUUUACUGAGCAGCGAGCAUGAGGAUGGCCUCGGACAAAGCGAGGCGGCAAGCGUGUGGCUCGGGCUCCCUUUUGCUCGCUCCAACGAUGUCUCGCACCUCAUGUCUUGGUCGUUGUUGGACUGCAUCUCCUCUUUUAGUCGCCUAGCCAAGGGCAGCCCGGUCAAGCAACAUGAGAGUCGGCGUCGCCGGUAG